UUGGAAUGGCAACAUCUUUGGCUACGUAUGAAAAAGAUAAAUAAAUAGGAAGAAACAUAAUAUGACUUAUUUAGUUUCCGUUCAAAUCGUUUUUUCAGUUUUAUAAAAUAUUUACUAUCUAGUACUGAAUACUCCUACUCUUUGAAUGGAAUCAGUUUUCUCAAUUUUUUAAAUAUCUAAAGGUGCAAAUUCUCAUUGCCGCAUGAAAGCACUGACGGUACGAUAGGAUGUGUUUUUAGACUUCGAAUGAACUAUGGCUAUAUUCAACAGGAAGCCGGGUUUUACGUAUUGUCUUAUAAUUACGUUUAUUGUUGUCUUUUGUCAUUUGGCUGUCAGCAAAAAAGCUAAUUCCAGGAGCUUAGUAGAAGAUAUUAUUGAUGCAAAAGAAUUAAAGAAACUUUGUCGCACUAAAAAUAAUGUUCUUAUUUUGUUUACAAAAAAUGCCAGGCAAAGUAAUGAGCUUAUAAACAUAUUUUCCAAGGCUGCUGACGAAAUUAAAGGUCAAGCGACUUUAGCAUCUGUCGAUUGCUCUGGGGAAGCCAAGAAGCUGUGUAAAAAAUUGAAAGUUGCACCUGAACCUCAUGUACUUAAGCAUUACAAAGAUGGAGAGUUUCACAAAGAUUACGAUAGGAAAUACACUGUACAGUCUAUAGUCAAUUUUUUGAAAGAUCCUACUGGGGAUUUACCAUGGGAAGAAGACGAAAGAGGAAAAGAUGUACUUCAUAUCCCCGAUGCUAAUACUUUGGGAAAACUUCUACAAAAAGAAAAACAACCCAUUAUGGUGAUGUUCUAUGCACCAUGGUGUGGAUUUUGCAAAAGAAUGAAACCUGAAUAUGAAGCUGCUGCCACUGAAUUAAAAGGCCACUCGGUAAUGGCUGCCAUGGAUGUUAAUAAACCUGAAAAUGCAGUUAUAAGACAGCAUUUUAAUAUAACUGGAUUUCCAACUUUAUUGUAUUUUGAAGAUGGGCAGUUGAAACACAAAUAUGAUGGGGAAAACAAUAAAGAAAGCAUUGUUGGUUUCAUGAAAAAUCCUGCAAAUCAGCCAGAGAAGCCUAAAGAAGAAUCUUGGGCUGAUACACCAAGUCAUGUCCAGCAUCUGACUGAUGAUACAUUUGCAUCCACAUUAGAAUCAGAAUCAUCAGUAUUGGUCAUGUUUUAUGCACCAUGGUGUGGACAUUGCAAAAAAAUGAAACCGGAAUAUGUGAAUGCCGCUGCAAGUUUGAAAGAUAAAAAUAUUCCUGGCAUUUUAGCUGCUGUAGAUGCUACAAAAGAAAAAGCUGUAGCUGACAAAUUUAAAAUAAAUGGCUAUCCCACAGUUAAAUAUUUUAAAAAUGGGGAACCUGCAUUUGACGUCAGCUUUAGAACUGCUGACAAAAUUGUCGAGUUUAUGAAAGAUCCUAAAGAACCACCCCCUCCUCCACCACCUGAAACUCCUUGGAGUGAAGAGCCCAGCAAUGUUGUUCACUUGACAGAAGAAGAUUUCAAGCCAUUCUUGAAAAGAAAGAAGCAUGUUUUAAUUAUGUUUUAUGCUCCAUGGUGUGGUCAUUGCAAAAAGGCUAAACCAGAAUUUCAAGCUGCUGCUGAAUAUUUUAAAGAUGACCCAAAAGUUGAAUUUGCUGCUAUGGAUUGUACAGCUUUUGCCAGUGUAUGUUCUGCACACGAUGUUAAAGGAUACCCUACUCUGAAGUAUUUCAGCUACUACAAAGUGGAAAAGCCGUAUGAUGGUGGUCGAACAGAAUCUGAUUUUGUGGAGUACAUGAAAUCUGCUGUAGAUGGUACUCCUCUUCCAACCCCAGCACCCCCUCCUCCUCCAGAACAGUGGUGGUCAGAGCUUCCAAAUGGAGAGCAUGUACGAUAUUUAAAAUCUGAAACAUUUGAUGAUGUAAUAAAUGCAGCUUCUUCAAGUCUUGUGAUGUUUUAUGCACCCUGGUGUGGUCAUUGUAAAGCUAUGAAACCAGCCUUUGCUGAAGCUGCUGCAAAACUCAAGGAAAAAAAUGUGGACUGUAUACUGGCUGCAGUUGAUGCUACUGUAGAACGAUCACUUGCCACAAAACAUUCCAUUAAAGCUUUUCCCAUUGUGAAAUAUUUUAGCCAUGGAAAAUUAGUUGCUGAAUAUAAUAAAGGGAGAACUGUAGAAGACAUUGUACAAUUUAUGUCCAAUCCACCUGUUGCCAAAGAAGAAUUAUGAAAUAUCUUAGACUAAGAGAAGAAGAUUUGCAUGGUCAACUAAUUAUCAUUUUGAAAGACAAGUUGUAUAUGUUUGGGGAAAAGUUUACUUAAUUAAUGAUCUCAUCAAUGCAUUUUUGUGUGAUUAUAAAUCUAUUUUAAUAUUUUGGUUUUAACAUCAGUUUUCAAUCAGCUAAAUGAAACAAAAAUUGUGUUUGUGUUCCAAUUAAUUAUGUAAUUUAUUAUUUAAUUAUAAACGGACAAAUAUUUUGUUUGGAAUUUUUUUGUGUGAAUAAUCGACAAUUUUGAAUUUAUUUGGAAUGGGAUUUCAAUUUGUUUUAACCUAAUAAAUUAGAAGGGAAUAUUUUUAUAUAAUUCAUAAUCAACUGUAUAAAUUAUAUCUGUUCUGUAAAUAAAACAAACUUGUUUUUUAUGUGUUGUAAUUUCUUUUUGAAUUCAUUUCAUGUAAUAUAAUUGGUUAUAUUUUCAAAGUUAAAGCUGUUUUCCCCCCUUA